GGAUUCCAAGCUAUCAGAGCCAUGGCAGCAGUUCAUAGAAGAGCUUGGCUUUUCGCCGGCUCUUGACGGGCCGUACGAGAGGCUCAUGCAGGGAUGGAAGACGAUAGUCGGCAAGCUGAUGAGCCGCUACGACUUUCCUCUUCCAGACCUGAGCGUUCAGGCAGAGGACAAGAUCCUCGGCGGCGUCCCCACACGCAUCUACACGCCGCCGGAUGUAGCUGACCCACCGCUGGCCCUCUACUUCCACGCCGGCGGAUGGGUCAUGGGCAGCAUUGACGAGGAGGACGGCUUCGUCCGCACUCUCUGUAAACUGGCCCGCACGAGAAUCUUCAGCGUGGGAUACCGUCUAGCCCCCGAAUUCCGAUUCCCGAUGGCGCUUGACGAUUGUCUAACUGUUGCGAGAUCGGUCCUGGAAACGUAUCCCGUGCAAUCAAUCUGUUUCAUCGGUGCCUCGGCCGGUGGAAACAUGGCGUUCAGUACGGCACUUACCCUGGUUAGUGACGGCCUAGGAGACCGAGUCCAAGGCGUGGUUGCUCUCGCGCCGGUAACCGUUCAUCCUGACUCCGUGUCCGCAGACAAUCGAGACCGAGGAGAGUAUACAUCCUAUGAAGAGAAUGACCGGUUGACAAUCAACACCGGCUCCGCGAUGCGGUCGUUCUUCGAUUGCUAUGGCGCACCACCGGAUGAUCCCCGGCUUUCAUGUCUUCUGCAUCCGGGUCUUGGAAAACUGAAUAAAGUCUACAUGGCCGUUGGCGACGCCGACACCCUGAGGGACGACGUCCGCCUGAUGAGGGACGCUCUAGUCGCGUUGGAAGUCCCGGUAAAGUGCGAUGAGUAUCCUGGCUAUCCGCAUUUCUCGUGGCUAUUUCCGUCACCAGCACUGAGGGAACAUCAGGCACUCUUCUUCGGAAAUCUGUUAAGUGGAAUAUGCUGGGUUUGUGAGUAAGGCAAUGCCGGGCGUCUGUCAGAACCCAUAGUUAUACAUUUGGCCCUAAGGCAGUGGGUUGAUUGUGAGGCGCAGCAAAUAUAUAUUAAUCUAGGCAUCAGCGGGAACGGUUAGCGCCAGUCGUCUAGAUAUCAUUCUUUAAGUACUAUGGGUCAUCAAGCACAUAUUAUCAUACCAGGAGCUGAUACUACCCAAUUCAAAGAUAUCAGGAU